CUGAUGGUACAGAAACAUCAGGAUCAUGGAGCUCUGCAGCUAACCAAGACGGUUUUAGAAAAGAUCGGCAGGAAUGAUCUGGUGCAGCGUUUACAAAACUUUCAGCCUGAACCAAAAGGACCAACAGAUGCAUCUCCAGGCUCAGCAGUCCUGCCCUCCCAUGAUACUGAACCAGCCCCACUUCCAACUAAACAAAGAGGUAGUAGACGGCCGAAGGUUUUAGGUAGAUAUGAUUUCACUCUGACGAGGAAAUUUCAAAAGGCCGCUGACGGAACUGAUGAAGCAGGAAAAAAAACCCUCCUCAAAAAGAUUUACACUGAGGUCUACAUCACAGAGGGAAAGAGUAGAGAGGAUAAUAUCCAACAUGAAGAGAAGCAGCUUGAAACAGUUUCCACCCUCCAUGACACUCCGAUCAAGUGUAACGACAUCUUUAACGUCCUACCUGGCCAAGAGGAACACAUCAUCAAAGUUGUUCUGAUGAGCGGCGUCGCUGGUGUUGGAAAAUCCUUCUCAGUGCAGAAGUUCAUUCUGGACUGGGCAGAGGGCGCCGAAAACCAAGAUAUCAGUCUGCUGAUUCCACUUUUGUUCAAAGAGCUGAACUUGGUCAAAAAUGAGCCGCACAGUCUGCUCACACUGAUCCGUCGUUUCUAUCCAACAUUAAAGAACGUCACAGAAGAGAUGCUCGACUCUGAUGACUUUAACGUUGUGUUCAUCUUUGACGGCCUGGAUGAAAGCAGACUGUCACUGGAUUUUGAGAACAAUGAUGUCGUGUCUGAUGUCACACAGACGUCAUCAGUCAGCGUGCUGCUGACAAACCUCAUCACAGGGAAUCUGCUUCCCAUGGCUCGCAUCUGGAUCACUUCCAGACCUGCAGCAGCCAAUCAGAUCAUAGAUCAGAACUGUGUUGACAGGAUAACGGAAGUACGAGGCUUCACUGAUGACCAGAAGGAGGAGUACUUCAAGAAGAGAUUCAGUGAUGAAGAACAGUCCAGCAAAAUCAUCUCGCACAUCAAGACAUCCAGGAGCCUCCACAUCAUGUGCAACAUCCCAGUCUUCUGCUGGAUCAUUGCAACAGUUUUGAAGCUCAUGUUGACUCCCGACCAGAGAGGAGAGCUGCCCAAGACCCUGACUGACCUGUACUCACACUUCAUGCUGGUUCAGACAAAGAGGAAGAAGAAGUAUGAUGAGGGACCUGAGACCAAAACACAGAAGCUGACAGAGGCUGACAGUGAAUUUCUUCUGAAGCUGGGGAGGCUGGCGUUUGAACAUCUGGAGAAAGGAAACAUCAUGUUCUACCACGAAGACCUGGAGCAGUGUGGUCUUGAUGUCACAGAGGCCGCAGUGUCGUCAGGAUUCUUUACAGAGAUCUUCAAGGAAGAGGGCGUGAUAUUCGAGGAAAAAGUCUACAGCUUUGUUCAUCUGAGUGUUCAGGAGUUUCUGGCCGCAGUCUACAUGUACCACUGUUACACCAGCAGGAACACAGAGGUACUGAAAGACUUCCUGGGAAAAUACUACAGCUACUCAACUCUGGAUGACUUCCUGAAGAGAGUCAUGGAGAAAUCUCUCCAAAAUGAAAAUGGCCACCUGGAUCUGUUUGUCCGCUUCCUUCAUGGCCUCUCUCUGGAGUCCAACCAGAGUCUCUUAGGAGGCCUAUUGGGGUGGACAGAGAACAGUCCAGAAACCAUCCAGAGAGUCAUCACCAACCUGAAGAAGAUGAACUGGAAGGAUAUCUCUCCUGACAGAAGCAUCAACAUCUUCCACUGUCUGAUGGAGAUGAACGACGGCUCAAUACAUCAGGAGAUCCAAGAGUUCCUGAAGUCAGAGGACAGAGAGAAGAGACUCUCUGAGAUCCAGUGCUCAGCUCUGGCCUACAUGUUGCAGAUGUCAGAGGAGGUUCUGGAUGAGUUGGACCUGGAGAAGUACAACACAUCAGAGGAGGGACGACGGAGAUUGAUCCCAGCUGUGAGGAACUGCAGAAAGGCUGUACUAGAGAGCUGUGGACUCUCAGAGACUCUCUGUGAAGUUUUGGCCUCAGCUCUGAAGUCCAACCCUCAUCUGGUGGAUCUGAACCUGAGUCGAAACGACCUGUCUGAUUCAGCAUUGAAUCGUCUGUCUGCUGGACUGGAGAGUCCAAACUGUGGACUGAAGACUCUGAGAUUGGAGCGCUGCAGGUUGUCAGAGAACAGCUGUGUUUCUCUGGCCUCAGCUCUGAAGUCCAACCCCUCCUCCCAUCUGACAGAGCUGGAUCUGAGAAGAAACAACCUGAAUGAUUCAGACGUGAAGCUGCUGUUCGAUCUUAAGGAGAGUCCAGACUGCAGACUGGAGACUCUGAGCUGGUGAUGAGCUCUGUCAGAGUGUGAGUGAACAUCCAGGAGUGUUGAGAGAGGAUCAGCUGGAUCCUGAUGAUCUAACUGGAGUCUGGAUCUGGAUUUUAUCAUCUUCACUUAAGUCUCUUAACUGACUACAAAC